AUGGGAUCUCUUGAACCAGACGAGUAUGAGGAUCCGGAAUAUAGGAAGCAAAGUCCUCAGGACGCGGAUUUGGAACAGCAAGCUCAACCUCAUUUCGCUUUUGAUCACGCAUCUAUUCGAGCCGCAUUUGUUCGUAAGGUGUUCGCAAUAGUAACAACAAUGAUACUAGUUGUCGUAGUUAUGGUAACUCCAGCAAUUAUACACGAUGAAAUUAGACUGUACAUAAUACAAAACAGCUGGGUUUAUUGGAUUGCACUACUGGUUUUCUUUGGUAGCUGUCUGUCUCUAGUGUGCUGUCAUUCUGUGGCCCGUAAUUUCCCAUGCAAUAUAGUAAUUCUUGGAGUAUUUACGGUGGCAAGCGGUUUCAUGCUAGCCGUACUCUGUUCGAGAGUACCACCACAAACAGUACUCUUAGCUCUGUCAACAACAACACUAUCAUGUGUAGCAAUCAUUGGUUUCGCUUCACAGACUAAAUAUGAUAUAACAAGUCAUAUGUUUGUCGUCUUUGCUGGAACAGUUGCUGUUUUCAUUUUCGGUCUGAUUUUGGCUAUUAUGAGUUUUUUCAUAUACAUUAAGGCUCUUCAUGUCAUAUUUUCGGCCGUGGUUUGCGUGUUGUUCAUGGUUUGGUUAGCAAUUGAUACGCAGAUGAUUGUUGGUGGAAAGAGAUAUGAGAUAUCGCCAGAAGACUACAUCUUUGCGGCGUUGAUGUUGUUUAUUGAUAUCUAUCAGAUCUUUAUCACUAUGCUAUCGCUUUUCAAUGCUGCAAACGAUUGA